AUGACUUGGGUACUUGGCUGGCCCCUCUACCACCGCGACGCGAUCAAGAUCGCCAAGAAGCACAAUCUCGUCAAGGACCCCAAUGCACAUAACUAUGCCCGCAUCCAAGCAGCCCGGCUGUGGGUUGCACAACAAGUCGGGGUCAUCCCCGUCCUUGGAUGCUGGGUCAACGACAUGCCCCAGGUCGUCUAUGCUGUAUAUGUCGACAACGGAAACAAACCUCGUCCACCACGCAAGCUCGUCCGUGAGGAGAUGAUGAGCGGGAAGCAGCAUCGCCGCCUCAAGCGCGCGAUGCCGCUGAAGGAUUUUGGCUGGUACCAGCACAACGAUCCAUCAUGCGUGCUCUACAAGGACACGGUUUACGUAGACGUCGAAGAUGAAGGCGAGGGCCGUGACGAUGACCGCGACAUGGGCAGUGAUGAGGCCGCAAUGAAUGUCACCACAGGUCAUGCCACGAAUGGCUCAGACGACGGCGCCAAGAGCAAUACUGAGACGGUGACCGAUGGUAAACGUUUGAGGGCGGACCUCUGUCCAGACGAUUCCACCGUCUCUGAGUCGGCAGAGUCACUGUCAACGGAGUUCGGUGCGGGGUCAACGCAUAUUCCUAUGUCAUCACCCUUACUGGUUUCUUUCGUGUAGAUGCAAACUGAACCAUCGUUGACUCGGCGGAAGUGGCCCCAAUACAAACCGGUUGAUGUCAUAUUCUGUCUUCACGCCUAAGCCCUUCAUUUGUACUUGGAAUGGGUGCUUGACGGACAUACGGUCAGGCGCAUCCUUCCCUACUCCUGUCGCCAUGCUGUCAGACAUAUCAGGGACGUUUGCUACUAGAUAUGUGCGCCUGAUGUGCCAUUACGCUACUGUCUCUAUUACAAUACUGCUUCUUCACUAUGCAAUACAUUGGAUAACGGUCGUGUUCAAGGGAGUAGCAAGUCGAAAGUAGUGUAGCUGU